CGCGGUGGUGACGUCAAAGCGGCCUCCACGUCGCCGGGGCGGCCAAGAUGGCGGCGGCGGAGGGCAGCGGGGCCGGGGGGACCCUGUUCCCAGGUCUGGCAGACGUGUCGAUAUCCCAGGAUAUUCCAGUGGAAGGGGAGAUCACUGUCCCUGUGGGAUCUCACUCUCCUGAUGAGGAUUACUCCACACUGGAUGAGCCAGUCAAGGACACAAUUAUGAGGGACCUGAAAGCUGUUGGGAAGAAGUUUGUCCAUGUCAUGUAUCCCAGGAAGAGCAGUGCCCUCCUCAGGGACUGGGAUCUCUGGGGCCCAUUGGUGCUGUGUGUCUCCCUGGCUCUGAUGCUGCAGGGUGGCUCUGCAGACAGCAAGGAUGACGGAGGGCCCCAGUUUGCCGAGGUCUUUGUCAUCAUCUGGUUUGGGGCCGUUGUCAUCACGCUCAACUCGAAGCUCCUGGGAGGCACCAUCUCCUUCUUCCAGAGCCUGUGUGUGCUGGGGUACUGCGUGAUGCCGCUGACCGUGGCCAUGCUGGUGUGCAGGCUGGUGCUGCUGGCGGGCGCGGGCACCAUCAGCUUCAUCAUCCGCCUCAUCGUGGUGGGGGCCAUGUUCGGCUGGUCCACCUUGGCAUCCACGGCGUUCCUGGCAGACAGCCAGCCCCCCAACCGCAAGGCCCUCGUCGUGUACCCCAUCUUCCUCUUCUACUUCGUCAUCAGCUGGAUGAUCCUGACCUUCACCCCCCAGUGAGCACCAUCCCGAGGGACUGCUACACACACUGGACUUUGUCAUGGACGCUGCAGUGAACCCUUGGCUUUAUCUCUUUCUAAUUUAUAUAUAGGGAUAUUGUAAAAAGGCAGGUUGUGGGAUAAAGCCAGAGAGCUGCAAAAAGUGCUCAUUUGUGUGUCCCUCUUUGUGAAAGAUGCUGAGGUCCAGCUGCUGAGGGGUUUAUUUAGCCCUGGUCUGUACUGGUGUUAAGUAAACAAUGCCCACUGGGACAGGGAUUGUUCCAUCUGAGGAGAGAAUGGGAAAUCCUGGAUUUUCAAGCUGCUGGGAGAUGAAGUUUUUGCACGACUUGGCAGAUUUCCUGCCCGUGCUUGGAUUCUCACUGAAGAUAAAAAUGCCUUAUCAAACCAUAGAACUUCACUGCAGUGAUGUCUGGAGGGGAAAGAGAUGUGUCUGACUCCUUUUCAUUCCCUUCUAGAGUGGUGGGAUGUGCACCCAGGGCAUCGUGGGACUGGGGCUUUCCCAAACUCAGUUGGGUCCCUUUGCAGGGAAUUGGAGCUGGUGGCAGGGAGUUGCUUUUGCCCAUAUCCUUGUGUUGUGUGUGUCCAUCCCUUCAUGUGGCAGGAAAGAGGGUUCCAGCUUGGUGCCUUCAGCACUGCCUCCGUGAGGGGACUGCAGACUCACUGCAAGUUGCAGACGUGUGACCAGAGGGAGCAAAGCUCAGAGUCCUGCAGAAAUGCUGAGACUGCUUUGUAGCAGAGACUGGGCUCUCACUCUGCAUUUGGGAAGUGAAAAUUCCUUGGAAAGUACCAUGAAUGUGUAUGUCUGAUAAAAACAAUGAGUUCUGUGCAGAAAAGUUGAGGUUUUGCUGCACAGGCUGUUUGGGUCUGAAAAACCAUACCAGGGCUUGGGCCCCGAAGUGUUAAAACAGCUUGAAGGAAGGGAAGUAAAUGGUACUAGAAGUGUUGGUUGCUCUGAAGCAGGAUGUGAAUUCUGCUCUCACCUGCCUCUGUGUGACUGUUCCUUUGGUUGUUCGUGGGGACAGCAAAGAAAUGUGUGCAAAUGUGCAUUUUGUUCUCUUGUACUUCCCAUGAGAUGUCAGACACUUGUUCUGUGGGUUGUUUUGUAGGGUUUUAAUUUUGCUUAAUACUUUAAUAAAAGGGAGGGGGCUCCACCAGUCACUGCAGGUUCAUUGUGUACCUCUCCUGGGUACAGGUGUGCAAGAGUCAGGUGUAUUUUGGCACAGACAUUGGGAGCUGGGACUUACUUUUGGAAACCACAGAAAUGAUUCCUGUUGUCUGUUGUUCUCAGUCAGCAAUCCAUGAAAUAUCUGGGGUGAAAAAGCUGCUGUAAAAUGUCUUUUUUCCUACAUUUGUGCAGGCAGACUGAAACUAAGGUCUGUGGGUUCUGCUGAGACGUGAAUGUGCCUAAUUUCUAGUUACAUGUGCAAGAGUAGUCUGUGCUGUAAACACUGGCGCUGGGUGGGAGUUGGGAUGGAAAUUGCUGAAUUUCAGAUUAAAAGUGCAUUUCUGCAUUUGUGCAUAAUGAGCUGCUGUGUGUGGCAGGGCCUGGCUAUGGCACCAGGGGGCUGGAGGGGAGCUGUGGUGGUUCACAGACAUGGGAACCAUGGAAAGGGGAAUUUUUAAGCUUCCAUUAAAUUAUUGCUGGUAUGGAAUGUGGUUUUUCUUUUAAGUGUGCAGUUUUUCAUUCAAUUAAAUGUUAGUUCAGCUUUUUGAAGCUGAAAAGAAGUAUUCAAGGGAAAUGAAUGGUCAUGCUGUUGAUGGUUAUGGUGGGAUUCCUUGAGCCAAAUCUUUCUGUCCGACAAGAAUUUAACCACACUUUGAAAGAAAUCCUUGGAUUCUGUCUGGGUCUUGUGACUUGAGCUGCUCUUCUGUCUGAAGGAUAAUUGGAGUGACAUUUAAUUGAUCCAGUAAUAUUUUGAAAUUUUAUUUACAUGACUUCAGAAAGUCAAAAAGCCCAAACUGGGGUUUGUUCCUCAGCUACCCCUGCAGGUCCUGCAGAGCCUCUGCUGUGACAGAGCCACCUGGGCACAUUAAACACAACCAAACCAUUUUGGUUCAGGGAAACAAAAUGCCUCGAGCUUGUUUGAUAUUUGCAGAUGCUGGAAUUAAUGCAACUUUAAUUGAUAGUCCUUUAAAAUGCUGGUGUCACCUUUGAGUGCUGAGUGCUCCCUGAAUGUCCCUCAUCCUGUCCAGCCAGGUGUGCAGCACAUCCCUCCCAAGGGCCUUGCAGGGGAGUGAUCCCUGUCCCCACAGCAGAGAGGUUUAAUUUGUGCUGGAAAUGGCUGUGGUAAGAACUGUUGUGCUUUCCAAUGGGAAAGGCUUUUCCUUCUUGUUUAAAGCUGCUGGGGAUGGGCGACAAGGAGAAGCAGCUGUGUUGCCUAUAAUGGAGUGUUUGAACUGCUCUGCAGAGAAAUGGCUGAUUUCCAAUGCACAAACCAGGCUUUCUUUCCUACUAGGAUUUUUUUAGUACUGUUUAUCAGCAGAAGUUGUUAUAUAUGUUUAAUUUUGAUCUAUUUAAUACCAAUAAAAAGGAAAAGAAUUUA